CAGACAAAAUGAACUGAACAAAUUUUUUUUUGAUUUUUCAUUCAAUUUCAAACGGAACAUGUACAAGCUUGAACAUUAAACAAAAAGAUGCAGAAAUAUUCACCAAAAUAAGAAAAACACCCACGGCAGAGCUUUUUGGGUAGAUGGAGAAGGAACGAAAUUAACAGUGUACAAGUAAAUGGAGCCCAAAUUAUGGAAGCGAGUAAAAUGAAAGAGGAGAUUUCUUCUUUUUUCAAACAUUUGUACAAGGAAGAAAAGCAAGAAAGACCAAGAUUUGAGGGGGCAGUUUUCAAGAAAAUCUCUCAAGAUGACAAUGAAACAUUAAUUGGUCCUUUUUCUAAAAAGGAGAUUAAAGAAGCUAUACGGAAUUGCGACAGCUCAAAAGCACCAAGCCUAGACGGAUUUAACUUCAAGUUUGUAAAAGACCAGUGGGAGGUUAUCAAGGAAGAUGUGGUUGAAUUCCUCCAAGAAUUCCAAGAAAAUAGCAAGUUGGUGAAGGGGAUAAAUAACUCAUUCAUUGUCCUCAUGCCGAAGGUUGAUAAUCCCCAAAAGAUUGAGGACUAUAGACCCAUAUCCCUCAUUGGAGUUAUUUACAAAAUUCUUGCAAAGAUAUUAGCCAACCGCCUCAAAAAGGUUCUUAAUGGGAUAAUUGGAGAACAACAGAUGGCAUUCUUAAAGGGAAGACAACUAAUGGAUGGAGUAGUGAUCGUAAAUGAGGUGGUUGAGGAAGCUAGAAAGAAGAAGAAAAGGGCCUUCUUGUUCAAGAUUGACUUUGAGAAGGCUUAUGAUAAGGUGUGUUGGGAUUUCCUGGAUUAUACGAUGCAGAGGAUGGCUUUUGUGUCAAGUGGAGGAAUUGGAUACGGGAGUGUUUAAGAACAAGUAUGGUUUCAAUCCUGGUUAAUGGAAGUCCAACAAGACAAUUCUCAGUAUCAUGAGGCUUAAGGCAAGGAGAUCUUUUAUCCCUUUUCCUAUUUCUUUUCAUUACAGAGCGGUUAAAUGGCCUGGUAUCGACAGCAGUCCAAAAAGAUCUAUUACAAGGAGUAGAGGUGGGCUCAGGAGGCUUCAAAGUCUCACAUUUACAAUAUGCAGACGAUACUAUUCUAUUCGGAUCAGCAAUUGAGGAAAAUGUAUAGGCAAUGAAGGCAAUUUUGAGAU